AUGCCGCUGCGGCUAAGCGGUGUCUCAGAGCAUGAGCGUAUCAUUACCCCUUACGACGCUGAUGCCUUCGAGUCAGUUCUUCACGCGCUCGGCCUCUUUCAGCGUUAUCCCUUCUUGCCUCGCAAAUUACAUUACAGUUUCCCCAUUGGUGAUUUCGCUCUGCUCCUUCGCACAUUUGCUCCUCCCAAUCAUUCUUCUGGUGCUGAACACAUCGAUUUCAUUCACCAGUAUAUCUCUGAGCAAGUUUCUCUUGGCCGCAUGACUGGUCCAUACUCGCAAGCUCAGGUUGAGCAUAUCUUGGGCUCUUACUUCGUAUCUUCUCCACUUGCUGUUGUUCCAAAGGCUGAUUCGAAAAAAUUCCGUCUCGUGCAGAAUUGCUCAUAUCAGGACGAGUUUGGAGUCUCGGUGAAUAGCCAGAUCAACUCGGAUGACUUCCCCACCAAAUGGGGCACUGCAGCCGAGGUCGCAGAAAUCAUCAAUGCCCGGCACGCGGGAGAUCUCCUUUUGCAAUCAUUGUCUGGUGCACAGGAGGUUGCUGUUCAUUCUCCGAUCAUUGCCCGGCGCACGGGAAAUCGCACUGUCAGACCAUUGCCCGGUGCGCGGGAGGUUGAUGCCAUUUGGUACAUGCUCGGUGCACGGGAUACCAUUUGGUUAUUCCCCACUACUUGUGCGGGUGGAUUCCAGAGCAUGUCUACAGCAGACAAUGCUAACUUACUUGUCAGAUUGUCAAUGCACCUGCUGGUGCGCAGGCAGCUUGUCUUGACAUCGACUCCGCAUUCCGCAAUCUUCCCAUCAAACCCAGCACAAGCCAUUUCUGGGACCGGGGUGCAGGGUGAGCCGAUGGACGCCAUUGUCGACAUCCUGGAGGCGCACAACAUCAGGCCGUCUCGGAAGUGGGUUGAUGACCUUAUUACAUUCCGUUUUCCUGUUUCCCAACUCGCUGCCUCUGGUGUCUAUGAGUAUGUGUACGGUCUGGCGGACAUCUUUCGCAUCACUGACCCUCUGGGUGUCCCGUGGCACCAGAUGAAAUACUCUGACUACGCUUUGCAGGCAGUCUAUAGCGGUUUUCUGUGGGACCUGGACCAGCGGUCGGUCACCCUACCCGAGGAGAAGCGUUUAAAGUAUCUAGCAAAACUCACAGUAUUCAUCGCCGCCGUCAAGCGGGGGUGUGUGUCUCAGCGAGAUGUGAUGUCCAUAAAUGGCACACUCUCGCACAUCGUGUUUGUCUACCCGCACGGCCGUGCGUUCCUCACCAACCUUUGCAGCUUCAUCACUUCAUUCUCCAACCCCUACGCACCACGAUUCGCACCACGUUCUGUCCUCUCUGACAUGAAGUGGUGGUUCUCCAUCCUCAACGUGCCCAAUGUUGCCCGCUCUCUUGCAUCGCGGGGCCCAUUGCAGGACCUUGGCAUCUGGGUCGAUGCUUCCUCUUCCUGGGGCAUUGGAGUCAUUGUCUGUGGCGAAUGGAGCGCAUGGCACUGGCGCGGACCGAUCAAUGCAUGGAAGGGUGAAGGUCGUGAUAUUGGCUGGGCCGAGAUGGUGGCGAUUGAACUUGCUGUCCGAACGGUGAAUGUGCUCGGCUACCACAACGCCACCAUCCUGACCUCAUCUGCAGCUUUAGUACAGCUUUUUAAUGUCAUGCUUUCUUCUCUUGACCCCAGUACUUGGAAGAACUAUGGCACCGGACUACUGUGCUUCACACAAUUCUGCGACUGCCUCGCAAUCUCGGAAGACCUCCGCAUGCCUGCGAUGGAGCCCCUCUUAGCCGCAUUUAUCGCGCAGUGGAGCGGGAGUGUCACGCAAUCAACCGUGGACACCUGGAUGGCAGGUCUAUCCUUCUGGCAUGCACUGCACGGUGCCCCAUGGCAAGGCGCGAAGAUGCUAAAAGUGACCUGCUCGGCCAUUUCAAAGACCACGCCGGCUUCAAAGGAGAAGUGUGCGCCGGUCACUGUCGAGCAUUUGUACACGUUGCGUGCCAACCUCGACUUAUCUGACUCAUUCGAUGCUGCUGUGUAUGCAGUGGCGCUUGGUGAGCUGGUAAUCCCUUCCGCGGGUGCGUUCGACCCGGUCAAGCACGUAGCGCGUGCAGCGCCCGUUGCUUACCGCACAUUACCGGGAGGUACUCAGUACACCGUAUUCCAUGUCCCCUGGACCAAGACGACUAAGCAGCUCGGCGCAGACAUCAUCGCCACCGAAUUCGGUGACCCUAGCUCCGCCGUCGUCGCCUUGCGCCAUCACCUAUGGGCGAACGCCCGCGUGCCCGUGCAUGCACCAUUCUUCGCAUUCGAAACAAGUGAUGCCGCGGGUUGGGUGCCGAUGACGCGCAAUUGGUUUCUCAGUCACGUCAACACGGCCUGGGAAGCAGCCGGUUUCGAGCACCUCACCGGGCAUUGUUUUCGUAUCGGCGGUGCGACCGAGCUGUUGCUUCGCGGUACUCAUCCAGAUGUUGUUGCCACGCAGGGCAGCUGGAAGUCACGUGCUUUUCUCGAGUACUGGCGGAAAAUUAAGUCCAUAUUACCACUCUUCAUCUCACAAUCCUUCACUUCCUCUCGUUUGCAACUUACUUCCUCUGCAAUGGACUCAUUCAAAAAGAAAUAUUCUCUGUAG